GGGCGGGGAGGCCGGCUGUAAACAAACAGGGUGACGGGCGAUGGCGGCGGCUGCGGGCCGCGCCGGGGGGCUGUGAGUGCGGGUCUCUGCCGGGGCUGGGGGCGGCUCCGGUGCGCUCCCCCGGCAGGGGCGGCGGCGGUGCGGGGCCGGGACUGGCGGCACACAUGGACGACAGCAAGGUGGUUGGAGGCAAGGUAAAGAAACCAGGCAAGAGGGGUCGUAAACCAGCCAAAAUAGACUUGAAAGCAAAACUUGAAAGAAGUCGUCAGAGUGCAAGAGAGUGCAGAGCCAGGAAGAAGCUGAGGUACCAAUACCUGGAAGAGCUGGUUUCAAGCAGAGAGCGAGCCAUCUGUGCUCUCAGAGAAGAGCUUGAAAUGUACAAGCAGUGGUGCAUGGCGAUGGACCAAGGGAAAAUCCCCUCUGAAAUAAAAGCCCUGCUAACGGGAGAGGAGCAAGGCAAAGCGCAGCAGAACUCAACCAAACUUGCCAAGGCUGGGAAGACAGAAGCAAACAGCAGCAAUUCCUGAGGCCAAUGCAGAACCUUCCACACUGCAGCAGAAAUAGCUUGGUAGCUAGCAGAAGAAAGCUGUUGUGAGAGAAGUGGAUGCAUCCCUGGAUGCAGGGGAAGGAUCCCAGUCCUCUGUCUUCUCUUUGCUCCUCCCCACAUGAAACUCUUUGACUGUGGUGUUCCUAAGCCUGCAUGGAGUGGGGCUUUUGGGGUAAUAGGUGUUUGUGUAAGCAGAGCCUUGUUUUCCCUUUCUCUACACCACCUUCCCCAAAUACAGCUCUGGCAACUCUUGGGCAUUCCCAGUAAGAGAUGGGGGCUGCUUUUGUGUCAGAGCCCAGAUGUAGAUUGGCUUUGUAGUUGGUGGUUACGUGGUUGGUAACCGUUGUGGGAAUCUGAGAGGAUCUUGAAACAGCUUUGCUAAAGCCAGAGUACUGUAGGUCGAGGAGAAGGAACUGGAUCAAAAGCUUUCAGUGAGAAGGUUUAUAGUAAUGUAAUUUGUAACCUAAAGAAAGAUGUUGCUCUCAGCAGUGCAGUGUGUCUUUUAUGUUAUUGGGACUCUUAAAGAAAGGUGUGCUAGAUAUAUUCCCUGCUUUUGCAGGAUGUAAUUCCUACCUCCUGUGCUCCUGGUAAGAUAGUCAAAACAUAUCCUUCCACCUUGCUUUCAGUAGUGGAACAGCUGUCAUCUCCUCCCACCUGUUGUACCCUGCUAACUUUCUGCAUCUACCUAUACUUUGGGCCUUAAUAUCUUUCUAGACUGCAACUUAAUAUGAAUUCUGCUGUGCUAUCCUUGUUUCCCAGCCAAAGAUAAUGCCAAGAUCUGGUAGCAGGGAAAACAAGUUGCAUCAGUUUGGUUUUAUGAUGAGUGGUGAUGGCAAAAGUCUUGUGGACUGGUUUACUCAUCCCAGAUAUUGACAGAUAACCUGCCACUUCCCUUAGACUACUCUCCUGUAUAUGCUUUUUGCAUUUAUAUGAUACAAUGUGGAGAGUGGAGCUCUCAGGAUUUUCAGUGGGGGUUUUGAUUUCUUGUUCUGUUUUGUUUGUGACAAUGUCUUUCUCUGUAUUUUAUGAAAUGCAUGGAACAUUUUUUCAAUCUUAUGUUUUCUUCUUUGUUUCAUAGAAUAAAUAUUAUAAUGAAUGACUCUGCUAGACUGAAUGUUGCCUUCUUUUUAUUGAACUAAUUGGGUCUGUUUAGCAUUAUCUCAAUUCAGAAUUAGUCAAAAGCACUGAAAAUAAUAAAGUACCAUAUUUCAGCGUACAGCACAGUUGUUUUCAGAAUUCCAUUCUGAGCACUCAUAUAUUAAUCCUUAAGGCAUGGUUUUAAGUUUAUUCUCUAGACCCACCACACAUGUACUUAGUUAGCAAUUGCUAGAAAUGUUGCAUAGACAUGGAAAGCUUUUAUGAAAAGUUAAGUAACACUGAGGCAGAGAUGGGGAGGAUAUGAGAGUUCCCCCCCUGCCCUGUAUUUUAAGCUUUGAACUGCAGUUUGUCCUGAAAGAUAGCAACAAAGCCAACCCAUAACUUUCAGGAUUUUUGUCUAUGUUGCAUGCUUGCCUGUCCUUUCUCUGGAUUCUCUGGAGUGAAAAGAAAAGAAAAAAAAAAAAGCCAAAACCAAAAACAAAACAAAACAACCCAAACAAAAACUAGGCCAGAUGUCCAGAAUGACGCUCUGUAACACUUGCAGUUGGAAUUUGUAACAUGAUCAAGCCAGAGGUGUAAUAUUUUUUGGUUAGAAUUAGACUUUCACAGUCUAGUUUCAAAUGUAGACUGUGUUUUGUAAUUAAACAUAUAUUUCAAAUGUUAUGUGUGU